AACUCCCCUUCCUCCUCCACCCGCCAUCUCUCUUCAGUUCCCCAACCCGCCGCCGCCGCCUCCACUAGGGCACGCCGCCGCCGCCGCCGCCUCCACUAGGGCACGCCGCCGCCGCCGCCGCCGCCGCCGUCAGCCAUGUCGGACUCCGACGAGUACGUCGACUUGCCCGUGUCGGAUGAGGAGGAGUGGGAGGAUGGGGAGUCGGAGGAGGACGAGGAGAAGGUGGGCUCUCGUAAGAAGGCCAAGGUUCACGCGAAGCAGCUCAAGAGGCUCCAGGAGAAGGAUCCUGAGUUCUACAAGUAUUUGGAAGAGUGUGAUAAAGAGCUUCUGGAAUUCGACGAUGAUGACUUUGAUGAUAAUGAAGGAAGUGCUGAGAAACAUAGUUCUGUUCCUAAAGAAGAACCGAAAGAAAUUGUAAAGCCUAUUACAAUGCAAAUGGUUGAUUCCUGGUGCCAAGGAGCAGAAGAUGGGAAGAUAGGUUCUAUCCGGUCUAUUCUCGAAGCAUUCCGGAAAGCCUGCCAUUAUGGUGAAGAAAGUGGAAAUAAUUCUGCACCGAAAUUUAGUGUCAUGUCUGGCAGUGUACUUGACAAAGUCAUGCACUUUGUUUUGAAAAACAUGGAUAGAAUCCUUCGUGAAUUACUUGAUGCACCUAGCUUUGGGGGGAAGAAAGAGACAGUUAGUGAGCUGAUGAUUACUAAGCAAUGGAAGAGGCAUGGGAGAUUAAUGAGGUUAUACCUUGUAAAUGCACUCCACAUGAUAACAGAGUUGACUGAUGAGCAAAUGGUAGCAUUUACUGUACAUCGUGUCAGAGCUUCUGCUGUUUUUCUGGCGGCCUUCCCUGCACUCCUCAGGAAGUAUGUAAAGGCUCUGCUGCAUACCUGGUCUAGAGGACGAGGUGCUAUGCCUCUUGUUUCAUUUUUGUUCCUUCGAGAUUUGUGCAUUCAACUAGGUUCGGAGUGCCUUGAUACGUCCCUCAAGGGUAUCUACAAGGCUUAUUUGGUGAACUGUAAAUUGUCCAAAUCAAUCAGUGGAUCAAAAUUGCAGCACAUUCAAUUUCUUGGUAAUUGUGUCAGAGAAUUGUACAAUGUGGACCCACAAAGUGCAUAUCAGCAUGCUUUUGUUUUCAUCCGUCAACUGGCAGUCAUCCUAAGGGGAGCUCUUACUGAAAGAGGACCAAAGACAUCGAAGGACAAAAAGCAGAAAGAAAGUAUCAAACCAACGAAGAAACGGAUGGAGAAAUCCUACCAAAAAGUUUAUGAUUGGCAAUACAUAUUCUGCCUUGAGCUUUGGACAAGUGUUGUGUGUGGAUGUAGUUCUGAGGAAGACCUUCGACCUUUGGCUUAUCCACUAACCCAGAUAAUACAUGGUGUGGCAUGCCUGGUACCAAGUGCGCGUUACUUUCCUGUACGCCUGAGAUGUGUGAAGAUGCUUAAUCGCAUUGCUGAAGCUACUGGUACCUUCAUUCCGGUGUCUUCCCUGCUGCUUGAUAUGCUGGAAAUGAAAGAACUUGGAGGGAAACCAGAUGCUGUAGGCAAAGCAGUGAAUCUGUUCAGUGUUAAACAGGUAGAUAAGAAAACAGUGAAGACACGUGCCUUUCAGGAAGCAUGCAUCUUUUCCGCGGUUGAUGAGUUGGCUAAGCAUUUGGCCCAAUGGAGCUACUCCAUUGCCUUCUUUGAGAUGUCCUUUUUAACACUUGUCCGGCUUCAAAACUUUUGCAAAACCGUUAAGGCUGACAGAUUCCGGAGAGAGAUCAAAGAUCUUAUCCAUCAGAUAAAGGCUAGUGCUGAGUUUGUAAGCUCAAAGCGUGCAGGAAUUGGAUUCUCUCCUAAUGAUCCAGCCGUGGAUUCAUUUCUACAGGUUGAGAAGGAAGCAAAGUCAAGUCCUCUAUCAAAAUAUGUUGCUACUCUACAUCAGAGAAGUCAGGACAGGAUGGACUCUCUGGACGACACAAGCGUUAUUGUGGGGGCAGAGUCCUCAACCUUUUCACGGAGGUUGUCAGAAGCACAGAAGCGACAGGAUGAACAAGAUGAUGGCGAAGACACCAUUGCAUUCAGUAAGAACUUGUUGACUGAAAAGAAGAAAACCAAAACUCCAAAGGAGAAGAGCAAGAAGCGAGCCCAUAAUCACGACGAUGUCGCUACGGAGGAGGAUAUUGUUGAGGAUUUGAUCUUGAGUUCAGACGAGGAAGACGAAGAUGAGGACAAGAAUAUGGAAUCAGAUGAGGAUGAUGGCUCUAUGCCUGUUGAAGAUGACAGCGAUGACGAUUUCGUCGACCCAGACAGCCAGUGGAAGAAACAGAAGAAAGAGAAAUCAAAGAAACGGAACAAGCGGCAACCCUCAAAGAAGGGUUCGUCAACAACAAAAAGAAAAGAGAAAAUCCCACAUCCCAAGAAGAAGGCGAAGCAUUAGCCAGAGAUAAUGAAAACGAUGAUGAUGUGUUUUCAAUUUUGAAAGAAACAGACGCAUCAUGAAAAUUUUGUUUUAAUUGAGAAAGACCUCUGCCAUUUCGUUGCGUUCCUUCACCGUUAUUAUUUAUUUAUGUAUGCUUAAUCGUUCAGCUUGGCUGAUGUUGUUGAUUUUGCUCCAUACAUUUUUCUUUCUGGCAGAUUGUGUGCUGAGUUAAACAAGUGAUAAUUUCCUUGGGGAAAAAAAAGAGAACGCGAAAAUAGUAUUGAACAGGCUACAACCUUUGUAAGACAUGAAA